AUGUCAUCCGGCCCCACGCCAUCCAUCUUCAUCUCCAACAUCCCUGAGAACUUCGGUGCGUCGGACGUCUAUGCGCUCCUCUCACAGGCCGGUGUCACCGGUUUCAAAGAGCACGAGAGGGUCCGCCUCUCCAAGGAUCGCGGCUCAGGCACGGAGACCGGCCGUUACAUGGUCGUCCAGUUCGACAACCCGGACCUUGCAGCGGCGGCGAUAGAAGCUCUCAGCAACAUCAAUUUGAUGAUCAACCAGAAGCCGCACCAGAUUUACUUCUCGCCGUUUGUCCAGGACUUGGCCAAGAGGAUUAAGGCCAAGACGGGGAUGAUGGUGGUUCAGAACUUACCCAAGGACGUCACAGUAAGUGGACUGAGGUCCGUGUUCUCCACCUUUGGAACUGUGCUGAGCGCUAAGCUAGUAUCAAACCGGGACACCCGCGUCAAAGGGGCCGAGGACAAAACGCAGGCGCCUAUCGGCUCGGCCAUGGGGUACGUCAUGUUUCUUUCUGACGAAGAGGCUGACCGUGCUGUAAGGGAGACGAAUGGGAAGUUCCUCGGCGUGAACAAGGUCACUUCUUCCCGCUACCUUACUGCAGAGGAGCGCAUCAGCAACACUAACUCAAUCUUCAUUAAGAACAUUCCCCCCGAGUACGCAGACGACCUGGACAAGUUCAAGCAGCUCAUGGUUUCCUUCUGCGGAAAGCCUCUUGAGGCCCUUCUGGAGGAGUACUACCUGACAUCCAUUAUUAUGAGGAGGGACAGUCGUCCCGAGCCCUUCAGGACGGACAACUCCUGGUGUGUCGUAAAAGCCAGGGGAGUUGAAGACGCCGAAAGGAUCAUCAAGGGAUUCGCAGACAACGCAGAGAAGUAUAAUAUCCAGGCUUGCAAGUUCCUCUCGAGGGGGUUGCGCUCGCUGCAGCUGAAGAGGGUGAUGCGCGAGAACUUCGUCAAGUACUGCUCGUCUAAAAGGAACAUUAGUAUCUAUGGAUUGAAGCUUGAUUUGGAUCAGAAAGAGUUUGAAAGGAGAAUUAGAGACAUCUGGGGCGAGGAUGUAUAUGAGAUCAAGUUUCCUCCCAAGGUCCUGGACCCCAAGCUUGACCAGGCUAAGUUCCACGUUAAUGUUCUGUUCUCGACAGCUGACAUGGCCAAGGAGGCGAUCCAGAGGUUGAGGGAGGAGAAAAGCCUUCUGGGGAGUUCCGUUGUCGACGAGAAGCUUUUCGAGGUAGACUAUUAUGAGCCGGGCCCGCAAACGAGGUUGAACAGGCAGGGUGCUCCCAAAGAUUUUAAGAUCUCGGAGAAACGCAACACCGCGUUCCCUUCUAGCACCAACAAAUAA